AGGCUCAGUGCGCAUGCGCUAGAAAGUAAACUUCCUUCUGGGAUCUCAUAUGAUGGGAAUACAAUGAGGAUUCGCUGGUGCUGCUGCAGGUCUUUGGGCCGAGUGCGGACACACUUCAUCAUCGCCUCUAUACUGUUGCUGCUUCUGGCUGGAGUCUCUCUGACCUUCUUACUGCCUAACAAUGAGGACGGCAGCAUUCUCCGAGAGCUCCGUCAGAGCUCCAACCACUCGGCCCCUCUACUGGACCCCGAGGAUAGUUUUACUAUUAUCAUGCAAACCUAUAACCGCACUGAUAUUCUCCUCAAGCUCCUCAACCAUUAUCAGGCUGUGCCUCGCCUGCAGUGCGUCCUCAUAGUGUGGAACAACCCUAGCGAGUCGCCGCCCAGGAAACUGUGGGAUGAACUCGGCCCCCACCCGGUGCCUGUCGUCUUUAAAGAGCAGAGCUUCAACAGAAUGCGUAAUCGCCUGCAGCCUCAUCCCGAGAUCAGGACUGAUGCCGUUUUGAUGCUAGAUGAUGACACGUUGGUCAGUGUUCCUGAUAUCAGCUUUGCCUUUUCUGUCUGGAAGCAAUUCUCAGAUCAGAUUGUGGGUUUUGUUCCACGUAAGCAUGUGAGCACAGCAUCUGGAGUGUACAGCUACGGCAGCUUUGAGCUUCAGGAUCCAGACAAAGGUGGAGGUGACAGGUAUUCGAUGGUCCUGGUGGGUGCAGCGUUCUUCCAUCGGCGCUACCUGAAGCUGUUCCAAGAGCAGCCGGGUGAAGUGCACGCUCUGGUGGACCGAACGCAGAACUGUGACGACAUCGCCAUGAACUUCGCCGUGGCACGCCACCUCUCACAGGCGUCCGGGCUAGAGCGGCCCUCCGGGGUGUUCGUGAAGCCCGUGGACAUGCGCAAUCUGGAGAAGGAAGCCAGCAGCGGGUAUGUGGGCAUGUGGCACAGAGCGGAGCACAUGCUGCAGCGCUCCUACUGCCUCAACAAACUCGCACGCAUCUACGGGAACAUGCCGCUCCGCUACUCCAACAUCAUGAUCUCACAGUUUGGCUUCCCCAGCUAUGCUAAUCACAAGAGCAGGAUGUGAUGUCAACACAUUUUAGAGACGGGUACAAUCCGAAUUAUAAGAUAUUAAAUCGUCUUUUUGGACCCAUACCAUCUCAUAAUGUACAAAUGUACAUGUCUCCAGUAGAUGGAGUGAUAAAUUUACUGCCUUCACCUUUACCAACAUAGUAUAAUGUAGGUGUUUUUUGUUAGAUUUUUUUUUUUUUUAAAGCUAAUUAUUAAGCUGUAUUAUUUUGAGGUUGUUAUUAUUAUUAUUAUUGUUAUUAUUUAUUAUUAUUAUUAUUAUUAUUAUUAUUAUCAGCAUCAAAAGGUAAAAAUAUAGAAUGUACUUUUAAUAAAUAAUUUAGCACUCUUAAAAUUCAAAAUACUACAGCAUUAUAAUUAGUUGAACUGUGACAAAAAUAUCUGCAAAAGCAUUAUUUACCUUUGAUUUUAGCUUGUAAAUAAUUCUGAAUAAAACAGUAGAACAGUAAAAUUUAUGGUAAGCAUU